CAUAUUGUGCACAAUGGAGGAUUAUACAAAAGGCCUUUCAAUGAAGCUUUUGAAGAAACACCGAUGCUGGUUGCUGUGCUGACCUACGUAGGCUAUGGUGUUCUCACUCUCUUUGGAUAUCUGCGAGAUUUCAUGCGGCAGUGGAAGAUAGAGAAAUGUCAAAAUGCAACAGAAAGAGAAGAGCAAAAGGACUUUGUCCCAUUGUACCAGGACUUCGAAAAUUUCUACAACAGAAACCUCUACAUGCGCAUUCGGGACAGCUGGAACCGUCCAAUCUGCAGUGUGCCAGGGGCCAAAGUGGACAUGAUGGAGAGAGUUUCCCAUGAUUAUAACUGGACGUUCAUGUACACAGGGAGAGUGAUAAAGGACAUUAUCAAUAUGGGUUCCUACAACUACCUUGGAUUUGCACAGAAGGCUGGGACUUGCCAAGAAGCAGCAGCUAAAGUUCUGUCGCAGUAUGGAGCUGGUGUGUGCAGCACUAGGCAGGAGAUGGGAAACUUGGACAAACAUGAGGAGCUGGAAAAGCUAGUUGCCAGGUUCCUAGGUGUGGAAUCUGCAAUGGCAUAUGGAAUGGGGUUUGCAACCAACUCUAUGAACAUUCCCCUUCUGAUUCAGGGCUGUCUGAUUUUGAGUGAUGAACUGAAUCAUGCAUCACUAGUGCUCGGAGCAAGACUGUCAGGAGCAACUAUUCGAAUCUUUAAGCACAACAAUAUGCAAAGCCUGGAGAAGCUGCUCAAAGAUGCUAUUGUGCAUGGGCAACCUCGUACACGGAGGCCCUGGAAAAAAAUUCUUAUCUUGGUGGAAGGAAUAUACAGUAUGGAGGGAUCUAUAGUCCGUUUGCCUGAAGUGAUUGCCCUUAAGAAGAAGUACAAAUCCUAUCUGUACCUUGAUGAGGCUCAUAGUAUAGGUGCCCUGGGUCCCAGUGGCCGGGGUGUAGUGGAGUAUUUUGGACUCAGUCCUGAAGAUGUGGAUGUUAUGAUGGGAACAUUCACCAAAAGCUUUGGAGCUGCUGGAGGAUACAUUGGGGGCAAGAAGGAACUGAUUGAUUAUCUCAGGACAUACUCUCACAGUGCUGUGUAUGCAACAUCACUGUCACCUCCUGUUGUGGAGCAAAUCAUCACCUCCAUGAAGUGCAUUAUGGGUGAAGAUGGUACAACUGUUGGGAAAGCCCGUGUGCAGCAGCUAGCAGAGAACACAAGAUAUUUCAGGAGACGACUGAAAGAGAUGGGCUUUAUCAUCUAUGGAAAUGAAGAUUCCCCUGUUGUGCCUCUGAUGCUGUACAUGCCAGCAAAAAUUGGUGCAUUUGGACGUGAGAUGCUGAAGCGGAACAUUGGUGUUGUGGUUGUGGGCUUCCCUGCCACCCCCAUCAUCGAAUCCAGAGCCAGAUUCUGUUUGUCUGCAGCUCAUACCAAAGAGAUGCUUGAUACA